AGGCCACUAUUAAUGUCCACACAUGUAUUGUUGAUUGUUCAUUCGUGCAAAUACGUUUAUUUCAGCAUUAGAAAUGUUUGUACAUUUUUCCACAUCAAUCUUGCUAGACCACACAAAUGCAGUUUUAGGAAGAACUUGAGGAAGACAAAUGCUUGGAUACUGAGUCCAGGUCAUGUGAUGAAGGCUGUGUUGUUUUAGGUGGAGACGCAGGGCAGCCAGGUGGAGCUCCUGAGACAGAAGAACAAGCUGCUGCUGGGCGAGAACAGACAGCUGCAGCACAAACUGGAGACAGGGGAGAGAAACCUGGAGGAGGCUGCCAGUCAGAACUGCGAGCUGCUGGCGGUCAUUUCCAAACGGGAAGACUCCAUCCACAGCAAUCAGCUCCGCCUGGAAGAGAAGAGCCGGGAAUGUUCCAUGCUGAGCCGGAAGCUGGAGGAGGCUCUGGGUGACGCUCGCCAACAGAUUUCAGAAACUAGAGGACUUGCUGCCACUAAAGAACGCUCCACCCAGUCCAAGAUCAUCGACCUAGAGACUCACCUUAGCAGGAAUACCUCCGAAAUCAACCAACUGCGGCGCAGCAAAGAGGAGGUGGAACGGCGGUACCAGAGCCGACUGCAGGAUGUGAAAGAUCGCCUGGAGCAGUCAGAUACCACAAACCGCAGCCUGCAGAACUACGUCCAGUUCCUCAAAGCCUCCUACACCAACGUGUUCGGAGACCUGGCCCUGGGCGGCUCUCUGCGGUCCCCCUCACCCAUCUGACAGCCCCUCUUAGUCUGGCUGCCAACAUUGUGAAACCGGACAUGUUGAGUACCCCAACAUUUUAUGUUGGAAAUGUAUAGAAGGGUCCCCAGCACAUAGAAUCUGCUGGAUGCUAACCUGCAUAUGUCGGGCAAUUCGCAUAAUUAGUAUAAGUUGCAUUAAUUAGCAUGCAGUCAAUAGCUAAAAAAAUGGCUGACAUAUUUUCUAUUUUCAAAUAAAUAGGCAAUUUGUCCAAUCAAAAUGAUCCAGAGUCCCUUAAAUCUUCAAAAUCAACCCAAAAUGCACCAAAAUCAGCCCACAGAGAGUACAACUAUUAGCUUUUCCUGGUUAAAACUGCCAUUUGUUAUCCUGUAAAAAUGUCAGAAAUGGACUCCUCAAUAACCCCCAAAACCCCUC